AUGAGCGAAACUAAGGAAAAAGAACAAAGUUACGAGGAGAUGUUCGCUCACAGAUUUUCCUCAGAGGACCAAGAGUACCAAGAGUACGUGAAGAGGCCGGCCGAUCCUCCUCCAAUCGUGGAGGACUGGAGAGGUCGCGGGGGUGGAAACCACAGAGGAAGAGACAGAAGGUAUCAGGACCAUCAAGGAGGUCGCGGAUGGGGUGGAGGCCAAGGAUGGAGUGGAGACCGAGGAUGGGGUGGAGACCGCUCUGGUAGAGGAGAGCAUCACAGGCAACAACAAGACAGAGAUCGGUACCAAGGGCAUGAUCGUGGGUCUCAAUCAAACUCCCAUCAGGAAAGCUAUUCACACGAUGAUAGACCUCGCUAUGCCAGAUACUAA